CAUAAACAGAUUUAAAUCACAAUCUAGAAGGAAAAAAAAAAAACACGAAUCCCUAAAUCAAGCAAGCUUCUCGAUUCGAUUCGAUCGGAUCAUCAUCAUGCUCUCGAAUCAUCUACAGAACGGGAUCGAAUCCGAUAAUCUCCUCUGGUCUCGCGUCCCUGACUCCGACGACGCUUCCACAGACGGCGUUGGCUUACUCAGCUCCCCACGUGACGGCGGUGGCGGCGUUGAUAGUCUUGAUUACGAGGUUAUCGAGAAUUACGCUUACAGAGAAGAACAGGCGCAUCGAGGGAAGCUUUACGUUGGUUACUACGUUGCUGUCAAGUGGUUCUUCUCGUUACUCAUCGGUAUCGGAACUGGAUUGGCUGCUGUUUUCAUUAAUCUCUCGGUUGAGAAUUUCGCUGGAUGGAAGUUUGCUCUGACUUUCGCCAUCAUUCAGAAGUCUUACUUUGCGGGGUUUAUUGUUUACCUUGUCAUCAAUCUAGUCUUGGUGUUUUCUUCCGCGUAUAUUAUUACGCAGUUCGCUCCUGCUGCCGCUGGCUCUGGCAUUCCUGAGAUCAAGGGUUAUCUCAAUGGAAUUGAUAUUCCUGGUACCUUGCUCUUUAGAACCCUUAUCGGGAAGAUAUUUGGAAGCAUUGGUUCUGUUGGAGGUGGUUUAGCCUUGGGGAAAGAAGGUCCCCUUGUACAUACAGGUGCUUGCAUUGCAUCUUUGCUUGGUCAGGGUGGAUCUACGAAAUACCAUUUGAAUUCUAGAUGGCCUCAGCUUUUUAAGAGUGACAGAGAUCGUCGUGAUCUUGUCACUUGUGGAUGUGCAGCUGGAGUUGCUGCAGCUUUUAGAGCUCCAGUUGGUGGAGUGUUAUUUGCAUUAGAGGAGGUCACUUCAUGGUGGAGAAGUCAACUUAUGUGGCGUGUCUUUUUCACUUCUGCUAUCGUAGCUGUUGUGGUGCGUACUGCCAUGGGAUGGUGCAAGAGUGGAAUAUGUGGACACUUUGGUGGAGGUGGUUUCAUUAUAUGGGAUGUAUCAGAUGGUCAAGAUGACUACUACUUCAAGGAGCUACUGCCAAUGGCUGUAAUUGGAGUUAUCGGAGGCCUACUUGGGGCAUUAUUUAACCAACUUACAUACUAUAUGACAUCUUGGCGUCGAAAUUAUUUGCACAAGAAAGGAAAUCGAGUGAAGAUAUAUGAAGCAUGCAUCAUCUCUUGCUUAACUUCAGCCAUCUCAUUUGGGCUGCCACUCCUAAGGAAAUGCAGUCCAUGCCCUGAAACAGUUACUGACUCUGGUAUUGAAUGUCCACGGCCUCCUGGAAUGUAUGGGAAUUACGUAAAUUUCUACUGCAAGACGGAUAACGAAUACAAUGAUCUCGCCACAAUUUUCUUCAAUACUCAGGAUGAUGCUAUAAGGAAUUUGUUCAGCGCAAAAACAAUGCGAGAAUUCAGUGCUCAGAGUCUACUGACUUUUUUGGCUAUGUUUUAUACGUUAGCAGUGGUGACAUUUGGAACAGCUGUUCCCGCUGGCCAGUUUGUCCCUGGAAUAAUGAUAGGAUCAACGUAUGGGCGCCUUGUAGGCAUGUUUGUGGUCAGAUUUUACAAGAAGCUCAACAUUGAAGAGGGAACUUAUGCUUUGCUGGGAGCUGCUUCAUUUCUUGGAGGCUCGAUGCGGAUGACUGUAUCUUUAUGUGUUAUCAUGGUUGAAAUCACAAACAACCUGAAACUUCUGCCUCUUAUAAUGUUGGUUCUUCUCGUUUCAAAGGCCGUGGGUGAUGCUUUCAAUGAGGGAUUGUAUGAAGUACAAGCACGCCUUAAGGGCAUUCCGUUACUGGAAUCGAGACCCAAAUAUCACAUGCGGCAAAUGAUAGCGAAGGAAGCAUGUCAAAGUCAGAAGGUAAUUUCUUUACCUCGAGUUAUCAGGGUUGCAGAUGUCGCUUCAAUUUUGCGCAGCAACAAACACAAUGGAUUUCCGGUGAUCGACCACACGAGAAGUGGUGAAACACUUGUCAUUGGGUUAGUUCUUCGGAGUCACUUGCUUGUACUCCUUCAAUCUAAAGUGGAUUUUCAACAUAGUCCUCUGCCUUGUGAUCCAAGCGCCAGACCGAUCAGGCACAGAUUUAGCGAGUUUGCUAAACCUGUUUCAUCUAAAGGGUUAUGCAUAGAGGAUAUACAUCUAACUUCAGAUGAUUUAGAGAUGUAUAUAGAUCUUGCUCCAUUUCUGAAUCCGUCUCCAUACGUUGUUCCUGAAGACAUGUCGUUGACAAAGGUAUACAACCUUUUCCGGCAACUUGGAUUGAGACAUCUAUUUGUUGUUCCCCGUCCUUCCCGUGUGAUAGGCUUGAUCACAAGAAAGGAUUUGCUAAUUGAGGAAAACGGGGAAUCAUCAGCUGUUGAACUCCAACAGUCAACUAGUGUAAGAGGUCGGUACAGUGAGACAGCAACGCGGGCGGACGCUGCACGUCCGCUUCUAGACGAUCUUUUAGGCUAGAAAAAACAGUCAAACGUAUACAAGCAUUUGAAGUUGGUUGGAUCUUUACUCGGACUAGUGAUUAGUCCAUACUACCAAACGACAUGAUUUUUCCUCGUUUUGAGUUUGAGGAGGUUUGCCCCAAAACCGGUCUGAAGGAUGUAUGAUCAUAUCUCGUGAGCUGGAAAUUGUGUUAACAGUCUCAUUGGCUGUUCACAGAGUUGAAAGAUAUAUGUAGUGAGUUUGAUUGUUGUAAUUUUGCAAACUUUUAUUAUUUCUUAAUCAUUGUAAAAUCUAGCCGUUGACAUAUAUUUGAUUAAGUUAAACAAGAAAUAAUAUGCGUUGAGCUCA